CUGAGCAUGAACAACAUCAGCCAGCUGCAGCCCAGGACUCUCCGUCACCUGCGCUUCCUGGAGGAGCUACGCCUCUCUGGAAACCAGAUCUCCAGGAUCCCAGGGGAAGCUUUCUCUGGCCUCUACAGCCUAAAGAUUCUGAUGCUGCAGAACAAUCAGAUGAGUUGCAUCCCUGCAGAGGCACUGAGAGAUCUUCCAAACCUCCAAUCUCUACGCCUGGAUGCAAACCUUAUCUCUGUGGUGCCCGAGAAGAGCUUUGAGGGGCUGCUCUCCUUGCGUCACCUAUGGCUGGAUGAUAAUGCCCUGACGGAGAUCCCUGUCCAAGCUCUGAACCACCUGCCAGCGCUGCAAGCCAUGACCCUGGCUCUCAACCAGAUCUGGCACAUCCCCGAUUAUGCCUUCCAGAACCUCAGCAGCCUCGUGGUGCUGCACCUGCACAACAACCGGAUCCAAAGCCUGGGAGCCAACGGCUUCGAUGGGCUGCACAGCUUGGAAACCCUGGACCUAAACUACAAUGAGCUGCUGGAAUUCCCUGGGGCCAUCAGGACACUGGGACGACUGCAGGAGCUUGGUUUUCAUAACAACAACAUCAAAGCUAUUCCAGAGAAUGCAUUUGUUGGGAAUCCUCUCCUCCAAACAAUCCAUUUUUAUGACAAUCCUAUCCAGUUUGUUGGACAGUCUGCUUUCCAGUACUUACCAAAGCUCCACACUCUGUCACUCAAUGGUGCGACGGACAUCAGAGAAUUCCCAGACCUUAAAGGCACCACCAGCCUAGAAGUUUUGACCUUGACCAAGGCAGGCAUCCAUCUACUCCCCAGAGGGAUGUGUCAGCAGCUGCCCAGCCUCCGAGUCCUAGAGCUCUCACAUAACCACAUCGAAGACCUGCCCAGUUUCCACCGGUGCCAGCGGCUGGAGGAGCUCGGUCUCCAGAACAACAGGAUCCAUGAAAUCAGAGCAGACACCUUUGUGCAGCUGAUGGCCCUGCGCUCCAUAGACCUGAGCUGGAAUCACAUCCAGUUUAUUCACCCUGAAGCCUUCGUGACCCUGCACUCGCUCACCAAGCUGGACUUGACUGAUAACCGGCUGGUGACGCUGCCUCUGGAUGGUUUGGGUGGACUGACCCAUCUGAAGCUCCAAGGCAACCCAGCUCUCUCUGAGCCCUUCACCAAGGAGAGCUUCCCCAAAAUGAGAGUUCUCGAGGUUCCUUACGCCUACCAGUGCUGUGCCUAUGGAAGCUGCAGCAGCUUCUUCAAGAUGUCCAACCAAUGGGAGACAGAAGACAUGAGCCCCGAGGAGGAGGAUCCCCACAAGAGGACUGUGGAAUUGUUUCCAGGUCAUGCUGAUAAUCACUAUGACCUAGAUACAGACGACCUCCAGCUGGACCUCGAGGAAUCAAAGCUGCACCCCACGAUUCAGUGCACACCGAGCCCAGGUCCCUUCAAGCCUUGCGAUCACUUGUUCGAGAGCUGGGUCAUCCGCCUGGGAGUGUGGGUCAUCGUUCUGGUCUCGGUGCUCUGCAAUGGGCUGGUCAUCCUGGCUGUCUUUGCCUCCUCCAGCUACCUCUCUCCAGUCAAGUUCAUCAUCGGCUCCAUAGCUGGAGCCAACACGCUGACAGGCAUCUCCUGCAGUAUGCUGGCUCUGGUCGACGCGCUGACCUACGGCCACUUUGCCAAGUUCGGCGCCAGAUGGGAGACGGGAGCAGGCUGCAGGGUGACGGGAUUCCUGUCAGUGUUUGCCUCCGAGGCUGCCAUCUUACUGCUGACGCUGGCUGCCGUGCAGUGCAGCAUCUCGGUCUCCUGCGUGCGGGGCUAUGGAAAGUCACCCUCCUUAGGCAAGGUCAAGGCUGCUGCUUUUGGCUGCCUGUUGCUGUCCUCUGUGGCUGCAGUUCUCCCUCUCUUCUCCAUUGGGCAAUAUGGAGCAUCUCCUCUCUGCCUCCCAUAUCCCAUCCCAGAUGGGAAACCCACCACCCUGGGCUUCACUGUGGCCUUGGUGAUGACAAACAUGCUCUGCUUCCUGACUAUCACGGGCACCUACAUCCGACUCUACUGCAACCUGCUGAAGGGGGAGUUCAGCGCUGUCUGGGACUGUGCCAUGGUCAAGCAUGUGGCCUGGCUGAUCUUCACCAACUGUCUCCUCUACUGCCCAGUAGCCUUCCUCACCUUCUCCUCCACGCUCAACCUCUUCCUCAUCACCCCAGAGGUCAUCAAAUCCAUCCUCCUCGUGGUCCUGCCCCUGCCCGCCUGCCUCAACCCAUUGCUCUACCUGCUCUUCAACCCCCACUUCAGAGAUGACCUCCGCCUGCUGAGGCGGAAGGGCCAGGACAAGGGGAGCUACCCCAAGUCCUGCAGGGUCGAUGACAUGGAUAAAAGCUCCUAUGACUCCACGCAGGCUCUGGUGAGCUUCUCCGACAUCGGCCACAUGUUCGAGACACCCGAUUCCCUGGGAGUGCACCCCAUCCUUGACAGCUACAGCUUCCCCUCCAUGACGCUCGUCCCCUGCCAGCAAAGGGUGGGCGCCAGGGGGAAGGAGAGAGGCUUCUCUGAGCAUUGUCCCUGCCUCAAUGACAGUGAGGUGCUGAUCACUUCAGAGAGCCGAGAACCAGCCGGCAGCAGCCUCCGGAUCACCUUCUUCCCCUCCCCUCCCACACCACCCUUCAUGUCUCACUUAUAA